AUGUGUCCGACGGAUGUUCAACUAACCGAUUACCCUCUCAACCAGUCAACAAACGGUACAAAUCUCUGGUCAACCGACGACGAUGCGACGGUGAUGGAAGCUUUCAUCAGCACCGACCACUCUACCCUCUGGCCUCCACCUCCUACUCCACCUCCUCCUCCUCCUCCGGCGCAUUCACAGGCUAACGAGGAUACUCUCCAGCAACGACUCCAAGCUCUAAUCGAAUGCGCAAGAGAAAGCUGGACCUACGCCGUGUUCUGGCAAUUAUCAUACGAUUUCGCCGCCGGAGAAGACGACGGAGGAGGAAAUAGCAGCAACACGCCGUUGUUAGCCUGGGGUGAUGGUUACUACAAAGGAGAAGAAGAGAAACCAAUGAAGAAGAAACCGACUCCAAUUAGUGCGGCUGAGCAAGAGCAUCGGAAGAGAGUCGUUCGAGAACUCAACUCUCUGAUUUCCGGCGGAGGAGGAGGAACAGUUAACGGCGGCGACGAAGCAGGAGAUGAAGAAGUCACAGAUACCGAAUGGUUCUUCUUAGUUUCGAUGACGCAGAGCUUCAUCAACGGCUCCGGUUUGCCUGGUCAAGCUUUCUCCAACUCGCAAACGAUUUGGCUCUCCGGGUCAAAUGCGUUAGCUGGAUCGAGCUGCGAGAGAGCUCGUCAAGGUCAGGUUUACGGGUUAGAGACGAUGGUGUGUAUACCGACGGAAAACGGCGUCGUUGAGCUCGGCUCGUCGGAGAUUAUACACCAAAACUCAGAUCUGAUGGAUAAAGUCAACAGCUUUUUCAACCCCAGCAAUGGCGGAGGAGGCGAAUCGGGUACUUGGGCGUUUAAUUUGAAUCCGGAUCAAGGAGAAAACGAUCCGGCGAUGUGGAUUAACGAACCCGGAAUCGAAUCGGGUACUGUAGCUCCGGCGAUUAACACCGGAAAUGACUCGACUUGUAAUUCCGAUUCUCACCCGAUUUCGAAGCUUAGCUCCGUGGAAAACCCUAAAAUCUCGCCGGCGGAGGAGCGAGAUUUGAAUUUCUCGAGCUCUGGGUUUAACAAUCAUCCGAUGAAGAACGGAUUUUCCGGUCAAAGCCGGUUAAUUGAAGAAGAGAAGAGAUCUCCUGUUUCAUUCACCUCUGUUCUUCCACGGCCAGCGAAAUCCGGCGACUCGAACCACUCCGAUCUCGAGGCUUCCGUUGCUAAAGAAGCGGAGAGUAACAGAAAAGCCGUCGUCGUCGAACCGGAGAAGAAACCGAGAAAGCGAGGACGUAAACCGGCCAACGGAAGAGAAGAGCCGUUGAAUCAUGUGGAGGCAGAGAGACAGAGAAGAGAGAAGUUAAACCAGAGAUUCUACUCUCUGAGAGCUGUUGUUCCUAACGUGUCAAAGAUGGACAAAGCUUCUCUUUUGGGAGACGCCAUUUCGUAUAUCAACGAGCUUAAGUCUAAGCUCUUAAAGGCUGAGUCUGAUAAAGAAGAGUUGCAGAAGAAGAUUGAAUUGAUGAGGAAAGAGGUUGGAAAUGGGAAGAGUUUGGUAAAAGAGCGAAAGGUUAAAGAUCGAAAGGCAUUGGAUCAAGAUUCGGGUGUGACGAUAGAGAUGGAGAUUGAUGUGAAGAUCAUAGGUUGGGAUGCGAUGAUAAGGAUACAGUGCAGUAAGAGAGACCAUCCUGGUGCUAAGUUCAUGGAAGCUCUCAAGGAGUUGGAGUUGGAAGUGAAUCACGCGAGUUUGUCUGUUGUGAAUGAGUUUAUGAUCCAACAAGCGACUGUGAAAAUGGGGAAUCAGUUCUUCACUCAGGAUCAGCUCAAGGUUGCUCUGAUGGAGAAAGUUGGAGAAUGA